AUGGCAGCCGCAACGAGCAACAAACGCCAACGCAUCGACCCACCCAUGCAAUAUCAAAAUCACCUCCCCUUCGGCCACACCCACACAAUCUCCCAACCUCCCAGCUUCUCCAACCUCGCUCUCGUCCCCUACCCCCAAAGAACACCCGCAGAAACCCUGUCAAUCAUCACCAUGGUCACAAAACUUGACGAAACCUCGCUAAGAAACCUACUCAUUCAAUCCGCAAUCAGCCACGAUCACAUCUACACAUCUCAUUCCAACACGACCCAAGCGCUAGAUUUCGUCGCUAGAAAACUCGCAAAAGAAAAUGCCACAGUGCAAGAGUUUGAGAAGAAUGUCGAUCAAGUACAUCAUGUAAUCAAUGUGAAAUGGGAAAAACUGUCGGAUGCAAAACAAUACAAUAAAGCAUGGGAUGCCACCGAGCUUGUAAACAAGGAAAUCGCGAAGAUCGUGAAUGCGAUCAAAGAGCAGAGUCAUCAAGAGUCAAGAGUCAAUGCCAUUGUUGCGUUGUGUGAGAUUGGUGGUAUUGUAGCUGUAGGGGGUGAUAGACUUGGCGCAGAGGUUCGGAAACAUGUUGGCUGUAAUGAUCAGUUGGUGGAAUCCUUUUGGUCUGUUCUUGCUACUAUGUCGCAGGAGGAGGUAAGGAAGGUGGCGAUGUCGGAGGAGGACUUUUCCAUCAUGGAGGCGUUUGAUAAGGAGAGAAAGGGGUAUUGUGUUUUUGAUGGGUUCGAUGAGAUAAUUGAACACUUCAAGAAUUCGGCUGCGUGCAAAGACGGUCACGAUGAGGACGGAGAAGAAGAUGAUGAAUAUGGCGAUGUUGAUGAACAGGCUCUUAUCAAUACUUCGGAUGCUAUAGAGGGUUCGGCUUCUCAGCCUAUCGCUGUAUGGUUCAUACAUAUGUUAUAUAUCACGACCACAUCAUGACCACGAUCCAUGACACGCCUGGCAUCGGGUAGUAGUCAAGCAUAAAGAAUGUCCGCAUCCGCCCCC